UGUAACUGCGCAUACGCGGCUGCGGGAGCACGCAGCGUGGCGAUCGGCGGUGCGCUGUGUCCCUCGGACACAGCGGAUCACCAGAAAGAGCCAAAAUUGUCACCUCAGUCAUGUGAUCAGCGGUGUCCAAUCACAGCUGAUCACAUGGCACUGAUGAUCAGUGUGCCCUGAUGAUCUGUGUAGCCCUAGCAGUGCCACCUGUCAGUGUCCAUCAGUGCCAGCUGUCAGUGCUCAUCCAUGCCACCUGUCAGUGCUCAUCCAUGCCACCUGCCAGUGCCCAUCAGUGCCACAUUUCAGUGACUACCAGUACCCAUCAAUGCCACAUAUCAGUGCCCAUCUGAGCUGCCUUUCAGUGUCACCCAUCAAUGCCAGUCAGUGCCACCUAUCACUGCUGCCAGUGUCCGUUAUCAGUGCCAGUCAGUG